AUGGAGAGGGAAGAAGAUGACACUUUCUCCCCUUCCAAAAGCAGCUCUAAGAAUGAGAGCCACAGCCCGCUCUACAAGGAGAACUAUACCUUCUCCGCCUACUACCAGCAUUCUUCCCCUGUGGCCGCCAUGUUCAUUAUCGCGUACGUCUUCAUCUUCUUCAUGUGCAUGGUGGGCAACAUGCUGGUGUGCUUCAUUGUGCUGAAGAACCGCCAGAUGCGGACCGUCACCAACAUCUUCAUCCUCAACCUGGCUAUCAGCGAUGUCUUGGUGGGGAUCUUCUGCAUGCCAACCACUCUUGUGGACAACCUCAUUACAGGCUGGCCAUUUGACAUCAUCAUGUGUAAAAUGAGCGGGCUGGUCCAGGGGAUGUCAGUCUCUGCUUCAGUAUUCACACUGGUGGCUAUUGCAGUGGAAAGGUUUCGUUGUAUUGUGUACCCGUUCAGACAGAAACUUACUCUAAGGAAAGCCCUGGUCACCAUUGUUCUCAUUUGGGUUUUAGCCUUAAUUAUUAUGUGCCCUUCUGCAGUUACUUUGACAGUCACUAGGGAUGAAUACCACUUCAUGCUUGAUGCCUACAACCAUUCCUACCCGCUCUACUCUUGCUGGGAAGCCUGGCCUGAAAAGGAGAUGCGCAAAAUCUACACAACUGUUCUCUUUUCUCACAUCUACCUUGCUCCCCUCACCUUGAUUGUGAUCAUGUACACUCGAAUUGCCUUCAAACUCUUCAAGUCAUCUGCACCCAUAAGAGGUUCCCAGUCAGAAGAGAAUGAGGGGAGAAGAGUCUCUAAGAGGAAGGUCAAAGUGAUUAACAUGUUGAUCAUUGUGGCAUUGUUCUUCACUCUCUCUUGGUUGCCUCUGUGGAGUUUAAUGUUGCUAACAGACUAUGGGAACCUCACUGAGUAUCAACUCAACCUUGUUACCGUUUAUUUCUUCCCAUUCGCCCAUUGGCUGGCUUUCUUUAAUAGCAGCAUUAACCCAAUCAUCUAUGGGUACUUCAACGAGAACUUCCGGAGAGGAUUCCAGGAGGCCUUCAAAGUCCAGCUUUGCUCUAUGGAAAGGGAACACAAAGAUACCUACUCCGAGAGGAACAACUGCGGAUUCCUUUAUGGGGCACGCAAUCGGAUUUUUGUUGAAGUUCAAGGCAGUGAUUCAGCACAGCCAUCUGAGACUGGACAAAGUAGUUUGCUAAGAACUGGGCUGUUUCCGAUGAGGACUGGCCGGGUAGCUCACCAGGGCUUGAUGGUGGAGGAUUUUGACAGUAAAGGUUGCUUACCCAAUGUCAGCAUCCCAGCGUGGGAUAUUUAA